AAGUCCUCCGUGGAAAGCGGACGUGUUUUGUAAAAUCAAUAUAAUUUACCGCGCUGUGUAUUGUGUAUCAAAUUGGAUUAUUAUUAAAUUGUUGUAUACGCGAAAUCGUUCCUUAAAGCCAAUUAUGUUAUAGUUCUAAGUGACGAGCAGUUAUACGGAAGUGCUGUGUUAUAAAUCGUGAUUAAGUUAGUCAAUAAGUGUCAAAAUGGGUUGCAAUACGAGUUCAGAUGCUAAGUCAACAAAAGAAGAGAAAGACUCUCAGGAAAAUCAAGAAAACACAAAUACAGAAGAGAAACAAAAAGAACCCGCGGAGGAGUGCAACGGCUCAGAGGCAGAGGCUGCGACGAAGAUCCAGGCGGCGUUCCGGGGUCACCAGACGAGAAAGUCUAUAAGUAUGAAGGCGAAUAAACCGAAUCAAGAACCAGAGCCGGAGCCGACGAAGUCAGAGCUCGAGGCCGAAUUUCGAGCUGAUGAUAAAGAAUUAUGCAAUGCGGCAACCAAGAUUCAGGCCUCAUUCCGUGGCCAUCAGGCCCGUAAGCAGACUCAGGUAGAGACCAAGACCAAGGAGCAACAGGAUAAGGAGCAACAGGAUAAGGAAGACAUAGAGAAGAUCGAUCUGGCAGAUCCUGAUCUCAACAAAGCUGCUACCAAGAUCCAAGCUUCGUUCCGAGGUCACAAAGUGCGCAAAGACACCACCAAUUAGGGUGACAAUGCAUUCUUCUCAUUACAGGAUAAUCCUUUGUAUGUAUGCACUUGAAAAUGGACCGAUUAGAUGCAUUCCAUUUAUAAAUAAUUUCUUAAAACAUAUUGCACUUUAAGAUUUUAACACGUAUUAUGUUUACAUUUAAAAUAUUCUUUGAAUCCACUGCCAAUUAUUUCUCGACAUACAUACAAUGGAUGAUAAAUAUAUCGUUCAUUAGUAAUGAUAAAUAAGUACUCAUAAAUGAUAUGUCAAUUGUCUACGAAAUACAUAACAAAAUAAUGAUACUUUUUUUCUGAUGAUUAUCAAAAGUAGUCAAUUGACGUGUAAAAUGAUUACAGAAACGUAGAGAAGAUGAGAAUUGAAUUAAUAAUAAUUAUAUUAAAAUUGUAAUAAUUAUUACGUAGGUAACUAUCCCAUUUUUUCUAUAUCGAUUAGUGGUCAACUUACUUCAUGCAAAAAUAUAAUUUUGUUCGUAUAUUUGACAGCUUAAUAUAAUCUCAUUUACCAAAGAUAUUUAUUUAAGUUUAUAAUAUAAUAAUUUAUUUUAAUGUAGUUCUAAGAUUAUUCGUAGUUUAGAAGUUAUCGCUGAUGCUUACUGUUUAUUGAUAUUUAUUAACGAAAUUAUUUAAUUACAUUCCAUGUUAUUUAUUAAACUUUUCGAUGCAACAAAAAAUAUGUGAAAAUUCGCCAUUUUUUCGUGUAAAUUGCCGUUACUUAAGAAUUAUAUUGAAUCAAAUAUAUUAUUCG